UCCUCACAUCUAAGUUCAAGCACAGGAAAAUGGCACCGGUAAAGUUUAAACAUGUAUAUGAAGUUGCCUUUUGUUUUGUUUUGUUUGCUUUUUCUUACUGUUGCGCUUCAAACGCGAAAGGAGAUUCAAACCUACAAUCUCAAAUGACUAAAAUGCAAAAAACUUUAUCCAUUCUUCAAGAAACAGUUGAACGUCAAAACAUCCGCAUCAGUAAACUUGAGAAAGACAAUAGAAGACAGGAAGAACAUAUCAAAGAACUGUUGUCGGUGAUUCAGGACUGUGACAAUAGUGACAUUAAGGAAAACAAUGACGUAAACUCUGUGAACGAGUCUACAAAUAAGUCGAUAACGGAAAAUCAUCAAAAUCGUCAGAGGAGGGGAACAGAAAAGAAUCCGUUGAUAAAACGCCUUCUUAUCCCAGCCUCAAGCUCCCCUUCUCCAUCGCAAGAUCAUGUUGCUUUUUAGGCCAGGAUGUCA